UAUAAAUAGUAGCAACACUUCAAAAUUUUCAUCACACUCGGCAAUAUCAAUUCAUGCAAUAUAUACAAACAGGUACACACCAUUGGGAUUUUAAAUCCCAAAUUGGAGGGACCAUCAUCAAAACGUUUGAAGCACAAAAAGUGACAUUCUUGGGAAUGGAAAGGCAUGAAAUUCCACAUACAACCGACGAUUAGAUUACCCACAAAGACAUCAAAAUCAUCGAUGAUGGGCCUUCGCUACUCCCUAACCAACAUCAAUUUCUCUCAUUACUACUGCCUCCACGAAAGAAAUCCAAAACGAAAAAAAAUGAAAGAGUUUGCAAUUUGCGAAAUGGACGGCGAGGGCGACGUGGCUAUGACUCCAGCUGGCUUAGACUGGAAAUUCUCUCAGGUUUUUGGUGAACGUGCUGCAGGAGAAGAGGUUCAAGAAGUUGAUGUCAUUUCAGCAAUAGAAUUUGAUAAAACUGGUGAUCAUCUUGCAACCGGAGAUCGUGGAGGUCGUGUGGUUUUAUUUGAAAGAACUGACCAAAUAGAUCAUGGUGUUCUUCGAAGAGUUCUAGAAGGAAUGGAUUGUUCCAGCAGCCGUCACCCUGAAUUCCGUUAUAAAACAGAAUUCCAAAGUCAUGAGCCUGAGUUUGAUUAUUUAAAAAGCUUGGAAAUUGAAGAGAAAAUCAACAAGAUUAAAUGGUGUCAAACAGCUAACAGUUCCCUUUUUCUGCUAUCCACUAAUGAUAAAACCAUAAAGUUCUGGAAGGUCCAAGAAAAGAAGAUCAAGAAGAUAUGCAACUUUAAUAUAGACCCUUCAAAUCAUUUGAGCAAUGGUUUUAUUAAUAGUUCAAAUGUACAUACAUCUCUACGAUUACCUAUGGUAACCAGUCAUGACUCCAGCCUUUUAGCUAGAUGUAGAAGAACAUAUGCCCAUGCUCAUGACUAUCAUAUUAAUUCCAUUUCUAAUAACAGUGAUGGUGAAACAUUUAUCUCAGCUGAUGAUUUACGCAUAAACCUUUGGAACUUUGAAAUCAACAGUCAGAGUUUUAAUAUUGUUGACAUGAAGCCUGCAAACAUGGAUGAUUUAACUGAGGUUAUAACUUCAGCAGAGUUUCAUCCUUCACAUUGUAAUAUGUUGGCCUAUAGUAGCUCAAAAGGGUCAAUAAGGCUUCUUGAUUUGAGGCAAUCAGCUUUAUGUGACAAUCAUAGCAAAUUAUUUGAAGAACAUGAACCUCAAGGUUCAAGAUCUUCUUUCACAGACAUUAUUUCCUCAAUUUCUGAUAUCAAGUUUGCAAAGGGGGGUAGGUAUAUACUGAGUCGCGACUACAUGACACUUAAGCUGUGGGAUAUAAAUAUGGGUCCCGGCCCAGUUGCAACUUUCCAAGUGCAUGAACAUUUGAGACCCAAGUUGUGUGAUUUAUAUGAAAACGAUUCGAUAUUUGAUAAGUUUGAGUGUUGUCUGAGUGGUGAUGGACAACGGGUGGCAAGUGGUUCUUACAGCAAUUUGUUUCGUGUUUUUGGUUGUUCUGAGGGGAGCUCAGAAGCAACAACUUUAGAGGCAACCAAGAAUCCCACAAGGAGACAAAUCCAAACCCCUCCAAGAUUCUUAAGAUCCCCUGCAAACUAUUCUCAUGCUGUUGGCAGCAGGCGAGGUUUGGAUAACUCAGGAGUUGACAUAAAUGGAAACAACAGUUAUGAUUUUUCAACAAAGUUGCUCCACCUGGCAUGGCAUCCAAAUGAGAACUUAAUCGCAUGUGCUGCUUCAAACAGCUUGUAUAUGUAUUAUGCAUUAAAGAAGGACAGGACAAUGGCAUACUUGUAAAUUUCUUGAAAUCUGGCAACACCUACCUCCUUUUUCCAUGUUGAUAUCUGUUUGCUUUAAUAUAUGUUAAUGAGGAAGGUGUUCUUGAGUAUUAUUAUUACUGAUGGGUGUAAUUGUUAGAUUAAAACAAUAUAAAGUAUAAACUCCCUUAUAACCAAAAACAUGGUGAUUUCGGAGAUAUUUUAUAUGUAUUUUUGGUUGGGAGCAAUGUAUACAACUUUUGUACAAAG